AUGGGAAUCGCGGUAUGUAAAACGAACAUUCGAUCCUUUGAGGGCAUGGCGCGUUGGCUUUUCCCUAAAGGCCAUUACGCCUUUUCCUACUGGGCAGCCUUUAUUCGUUUUUUUAACGGAUUAUCAGCAUGCAUAGCGUACGUGCUUUGUGUGGGAGAUAGCUUUCGCCCGAUCUUCAAAGAGGCGCAUAGGCGCAAUCCUGACAACGGUCUCAUCAGCUUCUUCAAUACGACUGUAGGCAAUCGCAUACUCACGAUUUUUAUUUGGCUCUGCGGUAUGUUACCACUGACGAUUCCGAAGCACAUUGACUCCUUACGCUACGCUUCGACCUUCGCAGUCACUUUCUUAAUAUACUUUUCCAUCGUUGUAUUUGCUCACAGCUGUACGCACGGACUAAAGGAUUUCCCAAGCCAUGUGAAAAUAUCUGAUCUAGAUGGGGAUGCAAACAGUAGCGAAAGAACCAUUUACCUUUUCCGAACUGGAAACAUUCUACUGAGCAGCAUCGGUGUGUUCAUGUUUGCCUACACUUGUCAAACUGUCGCGUACGAAAUUUGGUGGGAUAUGCGGCCUGAAGUACGUACGCCACGCAACUUCCUGUGGUCUGCUUCAAUAGGAUUGAUAAUUACUACUAUUAUUUACUUCUUUACUUCCUUUUUCGGGUACGUUGACUUCGGCAGCACCAUCGGCUCGAGAUCUAUCCUACUGAUGUACAACCCUAUCAAUGAACCCCAAGUAAUGAUUGCGUAUAUUGGCAUUAUAUUCAAGUUAUCUGUAUCCUAUGCUCUGAAAGGCUCAACAGCGCGUAAUUCAUUUUACUACCUCAUUGGAUGGCAGAAGCGAUUCGCCAAUAAAGCUUCUGUGCCACCGGUGUAUCGUGAAACUGAGGCUUCUGAGAAUUCAACAGCGCACCACACACAGGAUGAGGAAAACGAACACGUUCCCACAGGUGAGAUUUCCCCCAUUAAUACGGAAGAGGACACCACGUACAUUGACAACAUUCCCUACCUGUGGCACGUAAUUGUUGUUCUGAUAUUCUCUUCUGUGACACUCCUUUUCGGCUUAUUCAUUCCUAAAAUCAACACCGUAUUUGGUUUCUCUGGGUCUGUGACAGGCAGCUUUCUUAGUUUUAUCUUCCCUGCGUUAUUCUACAUGUACUCUGGAGGUUUCUCUGUGGAGCGGGAGGGAAGAUUCAACUACUACGUCACUUAUCUGCUUCUCAUAUGUGGUGUAAUUGGUAUUGUUUUCGGCCUAGUUGGCGCUAUUUAUGUUUCAUUGUAA